AUGAUUCCCUUCCUCCAACUCCUCAGCCUCCUCUUCAUCUCUUCUAAAGUGGAUGAAGAGGACAAAGACUCUAAGUAUGACCUGUCCUUGUACAAACGUGGCGACCUUUUGGAGGUUCCUAGAACUCUCUUCACCCAUUUCGGCAUCUACCUGGGCAACAACCGGGUGGCCCACUUCAUCCCGGACAUCCUUCCAGUCUUCACCAAGAACAAGGCAGCCAUCGGCAAGAUGGUGACCAACAACCGGCUGAUUCUAGGGGUGAUCGCCAAGUCGGCGAGCGUCAGGGUGGACUCAUUGGCGGAUUUUGCGUAUGGCUCGGAGAUCCUGGUCAACCACAUGGACAAGCUGUGCAGCCAGCCCCCCCUGGAGGGGGACGAGGUGGCCAGGAGGGCAGAGAAGCUCUUGGGCCCCAUGACCUACAGCUUGCUGUGGUACAACUGUGAACACUACGUCAUGUACUGCCGCUAUGGCAUGGCCAUCAGCUACCAGACAUACCAGUUCUGUUUGACAGUGAGGAAGAUAAUCUGCAGUAGGAUGAACGCCUACCUCACAGCCCUGUGUGGAAUGGGAACCAUGUUGUACCUGGGCUCCCUAACGCUGCUAAACACAGUACCCACCCUGCUCGUCCCCUUCACCAUCUGGAUGGCAUCGUAAAACAAAAAUGGCCACCGACAUAUAGAGACUCAUUGACAUGACUGCGGAAUAUGGAAUGCUUAAAUGAUGUCCUACUAUCAGUAACACUGUAUUAUCACUGUACAUGAAAUCAAAAAAGCAUUGUGGGAAAUGUCACGUUUGUGGUGAUUUUUUUGACAGUUUAAAGAAGAGUAAACAUUUUGUACAACUGGUAUUUACUGUGUAUAACCGUCUAUAAAUGGACAGCAAUAUUCUAAAAAAAAAUGGUUCCUGAUAAAGGCAUUGUUUUGACAAUAUAUAAUGGACAUCAUGACCUUUAUGGUCAAAAUUAUACACACAAUAAUGACAUUAGGACAGGAUGGACAAGGUGCAAUUUGACACUGUUAUUGCCAUUCUCAGACAAUCUGAAUGUACUGAACUAGCUAUGUGUCUUUCAAGUCAAUUCGUAUGCCUACUCUCCCUUGUGCAGCUUUUCAAUUAGCCUAUCAAUUCUCCUCCUGUUGUUGCCCUUACUUAUACUCCCAGUAGAUAGCACUGUAAGUAACAUCACCAUGCUUCUGAAUGAAAUGCAUUAUUUUGGAAUAUAUUGGGAGACAAGUCUACAGGAAAUCUCAGGCUCUGAAUAUAGAAGUCCCAGAAAUAUGCUCAACUAUGCUCAAUUCUUGGCCAUUAUUAUUUGUGGUGGUUUCAGCAUGGUUCAAGCAUGGUUGAAAGGGUCCCUAAUACUGUAGUGAUAAGAACCAGUGUUUUCUCAGUCUGAGAUAUCCUUUCCAUCCAUUUCAGGCUCCCACUGGCCUACUCAGAAAUAAUAACAAACCAUUCAAUAAUUCACUGUAAAAAUGUAAUUUCAGCAGUAAUCUGAUGCCAACAGUGCUUGCAUUUCUUUUCCUAAUAUGGCAUUUUGGAUGGCAAAUUGAACUAAUGACUGCAGUAAA